UUUAAUGCAUCAACACCGACGCCUGCUUGAACUAAUGACAGCAUGAAAGUGAACAACGGGUCGUCUCUGCUGGAGGAGCAACAGGAAACAUCUACAGACAAGAGUGGGUCGGGUCGGUACCGACAGCUGACUCAUUACUUCGCUCUGCUCGUCUUCCUGCUGGUCGUCAUCGCUCUGCUGCAGACGCUCUGCUUGGUUCAGAUCAGCCUGGUGUUCCAGUCGCAGUCGAGCCUGCAGGAGGCCAAAGUGUCGGAUCUGACGAGCAGGCUGGAGAAGCUGCGCCGGUCCUAUCAGCUCCUGUUCUCCCAGUACCCAGCUCUGAACCAGUACUGCCCCGUCAGCAACCACACCGCCGGCGAGAGAGUCUGCACGCCGUGUCCGGCCAACUGGACGGCUCAGGGGGAGAAAUGUUUCCUGUUCAGUCGGGACAGGUCCGACUGGAUCAGCAGCCAGUACCGCUGCAUGGCACUGGGGGGCGCUGUGGCCAUGGUCAGGACAGAGGAGGAGCAGGUGUUUCUGUGGAAAGAGGCCCAGAGUCUGAGCCAGGGGGACUCGUACUGGCUCGGCCUGAGGACGGGUGGUGGUGACGAGGGCUGGCAGUGGAGCGACGGCUCCCGGGUGGAGAAGGGACCAGAGUUUUGGCUUCACGUGCCCGACAACACCGACAGCAGGCCGCUGUGUGGACGACUCACCCCGGGAGACGACUACAGGAGGAGCUGGUUCACCUCCACCUGCUCCACCCGGCUGAGGAGGAUCUGUGAGAGGAGGCAGGCUGCUCUACAGUGA